AUGGACCAACUUCCAACCGAGCUCCUUGGCCUGAUUCUAGAAAAGAAGAUUGAGAUGUGUUGCUGCGAUAAAAAUGAUGUUUUAGAUCUGCGAUUAGUAUGCAAAGCAUUCGAUCAAAUCUUAAAACCUUCAAUCUUCAAGACCAUUCAACUGGAGUUCUCGCGAUUCAGCAGCUUCCGGAACAUCGAUAAUCAUCCAGAUCAAUUGAAGACACUUCAAAGUGUAGGUCCAUUAUCAUCCUCCGUCUAUAUCGAUAUGAUGGUAGUUAGAGAUCCAGAUGAGAUUGAUAAUCUUAAAGAAGUCUUCAACAGCAUUACUGCUAUGGUUCCUGAAAUGGCAGACUUGAUCGAAUCUCUUCGAGAUUAUUGCCUUCAUAAGAACACAUUCAUCGAGGAGGACUAUAAUCGCCUGGUUAGCAGAGUCUUACAGAGCGGCCCACGGAUAACCCGCCUUAAGGUCAACCUGCCAUUUCAAGUAGCCGGCAAUUCUUCCAUGACAGCUACAAGAUUAUUCGCAAACACUCUAUCUUGUGUGGCAAAUCGUCCCGAAGAGCACCGAAAAAUCGAUACAAUGGUGUUGGAUCAUAUCACUGACAAAACGAUUAACAACAUAUUCAAUGUACCUAUCGAUGUCGAGAAUGCCUUCAAGACAUUCGAAAAUCUGAAGAAUUUAGUGAUAUCAAUCAAGAGACAGGAAAGCAGAGAAUCACUGCAGAUGAUUUUUACGAGGAAUAUUUGGUUGUUGAUUCGAAAAGCCCAGGAUCUGGAGAGCUUGUGUAUCAUCGGGUGGAACGUUACGAGAAACAUGAAAAGUCGAAGAAACUCGAGCCGCAUACCCUUUUCGGAAUGGUCUAUGCGGUCCAUAUCAUAUCAUCCUAGUGAAGGACCUGUCCUCAAUAGGUUGAGGUAUAUGGAAUUGAAGCGGUUGGAUAUAGAUUCCUUGAUGCUGUUGUGUCUAAUCAAGGAGAACAGUCAUUCUUUGACGGAAUUGUACUUGAACGAGGUCUACCUAAAAGUUUGUGGUUCGUCCGAUGAAGAAAAUACUAGUCUCUGGAUAGGUUACCCCAAUGCCAACAUCCCUGAACCUGAAAAGUCCACAUGGAUUGCUCCAGCUAUACGGGAAAUUAAAGGCCUCAAUCUCAAGAUUCUUCGAGUCAGUAACCUGGGCUACGAUGAUUAUAAUCCCGAUCCUGGUUCAGCAAAUCCCAAUUAUGAUCUUGACGACCCUACAGGGCACAAUAGAUCUUUCGAUGAAAGAUUCGUGGAAGCUGUAAUGGGUACAAAAGCUCUACUGCCCCUCGAAUUGAUUCUCUCCGAUGCCUCUUCGGAAGUUAAGGAUACCAAAGGAAAACAAAUCAAUACUGGAAUCGAUCCGGACACUUACGAUGUUGAAUUGUAUCAAAUUAAUCGGAAACUACCAUCGAGCUACAGACGGUGCAUUGAUGGCAUAUUUUUCAACCACACUGAAGGAGCAUUGAAGGAAUUGCAAAAGAUGAUCAACGUGGCCGAUAGAGGCAUGAUGUUGAUCUCCAAAGAAAUUGACCGAAACAACGGCUUGGUUGUUGAUCAUGCUUCUGGUGUGCUUGUCAACCCGCCCACUGGUACAUGA